CGACUUUCGAUUGGUUCAGCAGGAGACACCAAUCACUGAGCGAGGUAGAGAGAGAGAGAGAUCAGAGAUCCCAAAUCCACGCUUCGCAAUGUCUUCAACAUUCAGUGGCGAUGAAACGGCGCCGUUCUUCGGCUUCCUCGGCGCUGCUGCUGCCCUCGUUUUCUCAUGUAUGGGAGCUGCCUAUGGCACCGCAAAGAGUGGUGUUGGUGUGGCAUCUAUGGGAGUGAUGAGGCCUGAGCUGGUGAUGAAAUCCAUUGUUCCGGUUGUUAUGGCUGGAGUUCUGGGUAUUUAUGGCCUUAUUAUUGCUGUUAUCAUCAGUACCGGGAUUAACCCUAAGGCCAAGUCAUAUUACCUGUUUGAUGGUUAUGCACAUCUCUCAUCUGGUCUUGCUUGCGGUCUCGCUGGGCUCUCUGCUGGAAUGGCAAUUGGUAUUGUUGGUGACGCUGGUGUAAGAGCUAAUGCACAGCAGCCAAAACUCUUUGUUGGGAUGAUCCUCAUUCUCAUCUUUGCUGAAGCACUGGCCCUUUACGGCCUCAUUGUUGGCAUCAUCUUGUCUUCUCGAUCAGGCCAAUCCAGAGCAGACUAAGAAGUGACCAUGCGGUCUAAUAUUCUUUUAUUGCUUAUUUAUAUCACUUCAAAGGGAAAACUUUUGGCUGCUCUCAGGUUAGUAGUUGGACUCUGCUCGCUGGUUCGUAAAGAAUAUGUUUGUGUAAGUAACGGCCCUGCCUUGUAGUAGUAAGAUUGAGGUUUUCAUUCAACAGAAUAAAAGCUUUUGAAGCUGUUACGGUUUUUUCAUCGAUUGAUGUAUUUUUCCGCCAGAACUAUAUGACCUGGUAUAAACUCAUAAUUCGAAAACUAGUGCAUGUAUUAUCUCAUCAAUCGUCAAACUCUUGUACAUCUUUAUCUUGAUUGUCAAAUCUUUGCUA